AUGAGCACACUCAAAGUUUCUCUCCCGCCUCAUUUGCGUGAGGUUCUUGAACCAUUGCUGGGAAUAUUACCCAAGGAACUUGAUCUUCUUCUCGAAUCCAGCCUCGCAAACGCCGAAAUCGCAUACGCCGUUAUCGACGACGUGUCCAAAUGGGCACACACGUCCUCGGGACAAGAGACUCUACAGUCCAAGAAUCUGAAUCCACGAGACUAUGACCGUCUCGCGCUCCUAGCUGGGACCGUGACCGGUCCCUCUCAGCGUCUCCCGCCACCAGAACCUAAACCAGAACCUUGGGAAGUCGCUCAGGAUGAGAAGAAUACCCGACGCGCCAUCGCAGCCCUCGUCAAUGGCCUGUUCAGUGUUGUGGGCAUCGCAACAGCCGUAUGGUGGGCGAGCAAGACGACGGGAUAUUCUUACGAGACUAGAGUUGGCUUGGCCGUAUGUGGAGGCUUGAUCACGGCACUCGCAGAAGGUGGACUGUUUGCCAUCUAUUACAACCGUCGGGAAAGCAGAAGGUCGUACCGUGCCAAAGAACGUGAAAAGCACCAUCGCAAGCUGCAAAGACGUUAUCUCAAGAGUCUCAAAGAGACAACUGCGGAUCACGAUACUGUCUCAGAGACAAUUCCAAAGGAUGAAUCAAAGGAGGAGAAAGUUCCAGAGGAGGACAUACCACCUGCUGAAGAACCAGACAAGCCACUACGAAAGCGUGCGGUCGGGAAUAGAGAAGAGGACGAAUAG